AUGGCCUCCCCCCAUCUCGUUGACCUCAAAACCUCUUUCUCAUCUUUCUCUCACCUUCUCGAUGCUCGCCUUCUCCGUGCCCUGGCAGACAUGGGCUUUGCCCGACCAACCCUCGUACAAGCGAAAGCCAUUCCAUUGGCCCUCGAAGGACGCGACAUCCUCGCUAGGGCGCGGACUGGAAGUGGGAAAACGGCGGCAUAUUGUGUACCGAUGGUGCAGAAAAUAUUAAGCGCGAAAAGUGGGUUGGAUGAGGAGGACCAGAGAAGACGGGCAACAAGAGCAUUGAUACUCGUCCCAACAAGAGAGCUCUCGGAACAAGUUUCCACGUACAUGCGAGGGUUAUUAGCAUAUUGCGACAAGGAUAUCAUAUAUUCGAAUUUAGCGACGGGAACAACAACACACCUUCAACGAACUCUCCUUUCGGAUCAACCUGACAUCGUCAUCGCGACCCCCUCGCGUGCCCUUGCAUUGCUUCAGUCAAAAGUACUAUCACUCUCUUCGCUUGACUCUCUUGUCAUAGACGAAGCGGACUUGAUUCUCUCUUAUGGCCACGAUGACGACAUUCGCUCAAUAUUCAGCAGUGGUUUUCUUCCAAAGGUGUACCAGUCUUUCUUGAUGAGCGCGACAAUGACGGAAGACGUGGAAAUACUGAAAGGUCUUGCGCUUCGUAACCCAGCAAUUCUGAAGUUGGAAGAAGAUGAGGACGAGGCAGCAAACCUUAGUCAAUAUGCAGUCAGGUGCUCAGAAGUGGACAAGUUCCUCCUCACCUACGUUAUCUUGAAAGUCAAGCUCAUUAAAGGAAAAUGUAUCUUGUUUGUGAACGACGUUGACCGUUCAUAUCGUCUCAAACUAUUUCUCGAACAAUUCUCAAUAAAAAGUUGUGUUCUCAAUUCAGAGCUUCCACUGAAUUCAAGAUACCACGUCGUCCAGGAGUUCAACAAGGGAGUUUAUGACUAUAUCAUUGCCACGGACGAAGCUGGCGCACGAGCGGAAUAUGACACUGACGAAGAAGUAGAGCAAGCCUCACAACAAUCACUAGACACGGAACAACCAUCGGCGACUACUGACAAGGGGAAGCGGAAACGUUCGAAUAGUUCCCCUGCACCCUCCGCGAGAAAAACACGGAAACGGAAACAUCGCAAAGCGGGAGGCGACAAAGAGUACGGCGUAACACGUGGCGUCGACUUUGUGGACGUUGCCUGCGUGCUGAACUUUGACCUUCCCACCUCCUCAAGAUCCUACACUCAUAGGGUAGGGCGGACCGCACGAGCUGGACGGACUGGCAUGUCUCUGUCAUUCGUCGUACCACGAGAUAAAUGGGGGAAAAAUAAAGUUGUCGGCUGCUUACCAAGUGCAGAGCAAGACGAGAUGGUGUUCAGUAAAAUUGAGAAGGAGCAAGGGGCACGGGGGAGUAAGAUUAAAGAAUAUCAAUUCGACAUGAAGCAGGUGGAGGCUUUUAGAUAUCGGAUGGAAGACGCUUUAAGAAGCGUGACAAGAACUGCCAUCAAGGAGGCAAGAGUGAAAGAGCUGAAAACGGAGAUUCUAAAUUCGGAGAAGCUUAAGGCUCACUUUGAAGACAAUCCCCUUGACUUGGAAUACCUUAGACACGACAAACCUCUUCAUCCGACGCGUAUCCAACCCCACAUGAAGCAUGUCCCAAAGUAUCUUUUGCCCAGGAUUGCGCCUGUGCCUGGCAGUGAGGCGGAACCUUCUGCAUCGUCAAAGCCGAAGGCAUUUGUUCCUUUUAAGAAAAACUCUGCGCGCGGUUCGGGAAGGGGUCGGGGUCGGGGGCGUGGUGCAGGAGCUGGCAGUGGGCGCGGUGGAAAGAAACGAUCGAAUCCCCUCCAGAAGUUUGGUCACUAA